AUGAUCAUCAUCCUAAAUGAAGAGCAACAAAAUGAAUCUACUGUUUUGGAACAUCAACUAUUUGAAGAUUUUCCUAAUAUUGUCAUUAUAACAAAAUCUUCUCAAAAUUCAUACAAGCUAUCCACAACAAAAUAUGGUGGAAAAUACAACCACACAGAAGAACUAUAUUUAAACAUAUGGCAUAAUGCAAGUUUCCGUUCUGAUCGACAUUUAUUUUCCAAUAAAAUAUCAGAUAUGGAAGGAAGAAAUUUAAAAAUUGUAACAUUUAAUUAUAAACCGUAUGCUAUUUGGACAAGAGUGGAAUCUGGCGGAAACGCCGGAUAUUUAGAAGAAGGUCCAGAAAGUUACGGAACAGUUUAUAUUGAUGGAACGGAACUUCGAGCUUGUUUAGAAUUCUGCAAUAAACAUAAUUGCACUAUUAGCUUAAUUGGUGUCGAUGAAGAAGAAUGGGGAGAAAUAUAUGAAAAUGGCACUGGAAUAGGAAUUCUUGGUACUCUUUCCGAAGGAAAAGUGGAUUUAGGCGUGGGAUCAGUAUACUCAUGGUAUCACGAAUAUGAAUUUCUGGAUCUUUCUCUUCCGAUGGUUCGAACUGGUAUUACAGUUAUAGCACCUAUACCAAAGUUACGUCCGGGAUGGUCGAUUCCAAUAAGACCUUUUUCUUCAAAAUUAUGGCUUGGGCUUAUUGUUUCUAUAGCAGUAUCAAUAAUUGCUUCCUAUAUUUCUGAUAAAUUUAAAAAUACUCCAUACACAAGUAUAGAAAACGAAACGAUCUUUAUUAUAAGAUAUUUACUUUUACAACCUCCACCGGAUGCCGAUAGCUUAAAAUAUAACAGAUUUAUCGUAUCAGGAAUUUUAUUACUGGCUUUGAUGUUGUCAAAUGCAUAUGCUGGCGGCUUGUCCAGUAUUAUGACUAUUCCAGUACACGAUCCACCAAUCGAUUCAGUAAAAGAUUUGUCAUCCAAAAAUAUGGAAUGGGGAGCAAACUCCGAUGCUUGGCUUUAUUCUUUAGUGGCAGCAGAAGAGCCGGAAUUGAUUCAUUUACGAUCCAUGUUCAGAAAGUUGAAUGAUGACCAAUUGAUUAAGCGACAACGUUCCGGAGAUUUUGCUUUCAGUGUCGAAAGAUUACCUUCAGAUCAUUUUGCGGUAGGAGAUUAUAUAAAAGAAGAAUACAUCGAUCGUCUGCGAUUGAUGAAGGAAGAUAUUUAUUGGGAGCAGUGUGUGGCAAUGAUGCCUAAAAGUUCACCAUUUUUGGAUUCCUAUAACAUGCAUAUUUUAAGAAUAUUAGAAACAGGAUUGCCAGCAUUUUGGGAAUUCAAGGUUUCAAUUAAAUACUUAAACAAUAAGGUCCAAUUAGGUAUUUUAUUAUCGAAUACUAUGCACGACAAUUCCGGACCUGUAAAGUUAAAGCCCGACCACAUUUCCGGGGCUCUGAUCGCAUGGACGUUGGGAAUGAUAAUUUCUACUGCAAUAUUCAUUUGUGAAUUAUUGGUAAAACGUCUUGGCAACAAAGAAUUGUAUUUGAAUAACAUAGAACGUGAAAUAAAUUUUAGAUUUUAG